ACAGACGUUGCAUAAAUCUCAGCCCCGCCGAGCCGGAACAUUCAGAAGCGGCGGGUGGUGUCGGCUGUCUGUUCCUGGUCUGUGGAGUGACUCGACGUGAUUGGACUUGCAGUCUUUUCGUAUUCACUACCAGGUCAAAAUGCAAAUCUUUGUGAAGACCUUGACCGGCAAGACCAUCACUCUGGAGGUGGAGCCCAGUGAUACCAUUGAGAAUGUGAAGGCCAAGAUUCAGGAUAAGGAAGGCAUCCCCCCUGACCAGCAGAGGCUCAUCUUUGCGGGCAAGCAGCUGGAAGAUGGCCGCACUCUUUCUGACUACAACAUCCAGAAAGAGUCCACCCUGCACCUGGUACUCCGUCUGAGGGGUGGUAUGCAGAUCUUUGUGAAGACCCUGACCGGCAAGACCAUCACUCUGGAGGUGGAGCCCAGUGAUACCAUUGAGAAUGUGAAGGCCAAGAUUCAGGAUAAGGAAGGCAUCCCCCCUGACCAGCAGAGGCUCAUCUUUGCAGGCAAGCAGCUGGAAGAUGGCCGCACUCUUUCUGACUACAACAUCCAGAAAGAGUCCACCCUACACCUGGUCCUCCGUCUGAGGGGUGGUAUGCAGAUCUUUGUGAAGACCCUGACUGGCAAGACCAUCACCCUGGAGGUGGAGCCCAGUGACACCAUUGAGAAUGUGAAGGCCAAGAUCCAGGAUAAGGAAGGCAUCCCCCCUGACCAGCAGAGGCUCAUCUUUGCGGGCAAGCAGCUGGAAGAUGGGCGCACUCUUUCUGACUACAACAUCCAGAAAGAGUCCACCCUGCACCUGGUCCUCCGUCUGAGGGGUGGCUGUUAAUUCAGUUUUGCAUUCCUAGUGCCCAGUGAUGGCACUACCCUGCAUUCUAACCAUUUGCCCCAAUUUAAGUUUAGAAAUUACCAGUUUCAGUAAUAACUGAAUCUGUUCAAAAUGUUAAUAAAGUUUUCGUUGCAUGGUAGCAUA